UGGACGGCAAUGUUUACUCAGUGGCAUUCUACGAACUCGAUUACAUUAUAAUUGUUGAUGGAAUAUGUUAUCAUAUGUAGUUUAUCAAAUCAUUGCAUUAUACCUGUCCAAACUGUCAGGAAUUGUACUUGUGCAUCCCCACAGAGACGUAUAAAUUUAACAAGGCGAGAGUAUGGCGCGCGAUGGCGAGAUUCCGGCCAUCUUCAACCCGCGGCGAGCCCGCACACCGAGCGUCGUUCUUACGUCCGGAGAUCCCAUCAACGGACCCUUCACCGCAGUACCGCAGAUCACGCAUUCCGAUUCCCUGACCAGCGGUCAGCAGGAUGGAUGCGGUGACAAUACCACGACGUCGGCGGGCGUUCUCAUCCAAGAGGCUUCCACUGUCAACCAGACGCAAAGACCAACGGGCUGGUUGCGAUCAUGCAAGGCGUCCUGCUGCUCGGAACUCAUGCAGAAGAUGUAUUUUGGAGUUUGCGUAACAGUUCUGGUGACAGCCACUUGGGUCGGUGCUACGCAUUGUAUAAAAUUUUUAUAUCUGAAAAGAUCUGCGAGGCAUCACUUUGCUGCCACACUUGGUCCGUCUAAUAAACUUACAAAUUCUUCCAAUCACCAGGGGAUGCGAUACGAUGCACCUUUCUUUACGACUUGGUUUUGUACGAACUGGGCCGUUCUGUUCUUUCCUAUUUAUGCUUUAGUCCGAAUGGCAACUGGAAAAUGCGAAUCGCCCACGGAUAUUUUCGCCGAAAGCCUUCGGGCUUUUCGAGAUAAAGGCUUCACUGCAGGUCGCUUUUUGAGUCGUUGCUGCCUGUUUUGCGUCCUCUGGGUAGCUACGAGCUACGUCUACGUGCAUUCGCUACGAGUGCUUUUGGCUACGGACGUGAUGGCUUUGUUCGCGACCAACGUUGCGAGCGUCUAUCUACUCUCUUGGGUCAUUCUUCACGAACAGUUUGUGGGAGUUCGAAUUGUGGCUGUGAUAUUAUGCGACACUGGCAUAGCACUUUUGGCUUAUAUGGAUGGAAUAACCGGAUCACCUACUCUUGGCGGCGUUGUACUUGCCGCCGCAGCAGCUGCCGGAUAUGCCGUGUACAAGGUUUUGUUCCGGAAAGUGAUAGGCGAAGCAACCCAUGCGCAAACCGCGCUCUUCUUCUCACUUCUGGGUCUUCUGAAUGCCGCCUUGCUGUGGCCCUUGUGCCUGGCCCUCUACUUCACGGGAGUCGAGACUUUGCCGUGGGAUAAACUUCCCUGGCCAGUACUUUUGGCGGCUAGCGGACUUUUACUAGUUUUCAACCUUCUGACGCACUUCAGUAUGGCUGUAACAUAUAACUUAUUCGUCACUUUGGGACUAAUUACUGCAGUACCAGUUUCCGCAGCUCUCGACGUGGUGCUGUACGGAGCAACGUUCGCUGGUAUGAAACUGGCCGGCGUUAUCCUUAUAGCCGUCGGAUUUUUCCUGGUAAUGUUUCCUGACAACUGGCCUACAUACAUAACACGUCUGCUCAGAAAUAUCAUCAUGUUGAGUCACAGUGCGAGAUGGGGCCGGAAAGCUCGUCCAGGCAGUGCAGCGGGAGCGAGGAGGGACGCCGUGGACUACAGGACGGGGUACAUCAGGUCGCAUCUUCGGUCGCCGUCCGGCAGGGUGCGGUGACCGGGACGA